ACACACAAUGUUAGCCAGCUAACCAUCUAGCACACACAGCGUUACAUUAACGUUGAAAAUGAAACUGUAUUGUUAGCUUAAACAAUCUCAAAUGUUAGGUAGCCUUUUGGGUUAAAAAAAAGGCGGCAGUAGCAAAUGUUAGUUAGUCAUAUCAAGUCGCCAACUAGGCAGAUUUGUGUUGUAGUUAGCUACCUAGCCAGCCAACAUAAAUCGUGUCAGGUAGCUAACCUUAGUGUGUCUUACCAUUGUAGUUUCAUCGCUAGCUAAUUUCCUUCGGCGGCUACGAGGAAGAAAAUCACCAUGAACUGUCGUUCGGAAGUGUUGGAGGUGUCGGUCGAAGGUAGACAGGUCGACGAGGCCAUGUUGGCUUUAUUGCACACUAUUCUGCUGCACCGCAGCACUGGUAAAUUUCACUACAAGAAGGAGGGCACAUAUUCCAUCGGAACAGUUGGAACACAGGACAUAGACUGCGACUUUAUUGACUUCACCUUUGUUCGUGUGUCUUCUGAAGAGCUUGACAGAGCUAUUAGGAAAGCAGUUGGGGAGUUUAAGGAAGCUUUGGGGAACUCCGGGAGUGACGGCAUGGGACAGAUUUCUCUCGAGUUCUACCAGAAAAAGAAGUCCCGUUGGCCUUUCUCCGACGAAUGUAUCCCUUGGGAGGUCUGGAGCAUCAAAGUUAACGUUGUCAACUUAGCCAACGAGCAGGAGAGGCAGAUCUGUCGUGAGAAAGUGGGUGAGAAGCUGGGCGAGAAAGUCAUUAAUAUUGUGGAGGUGAUCAACCGUCACGAGUAUUUGCCCAAGAUGCCCACACAGUCCGAGGUUGACAAUGUGUUCGACACCAGCCUAAAAGAUGUCCAGCCUUACCUUUACAAGAUCACGUACCAGAUCACAGACUCGCUUGGCACCUCAGUGAGCACCACUAUGAGGCGACUCAUCAAGGACACCUUGGCGUUGUAAGAGGUCUGUCAGCUACAGAGCCCAACCUGUCUGUCUUUACGAAUGAAUUGACAUGUAAGACUGAUGUCAAAUAGUGUACUAUUCCUGCAAUGGAAUCUUUACAAUAUAUGUUUUUUUAUACCAGUCCCUUGACACUUGAGCACGUGGCGCACUUCUUACCUCCCUAGUGAACAACGUAAUAUAUGGUAACGUCAACUUGUCAAUAUUUGCAUUGCAUUUAUUUAUGUGUUUUUUUUUGUACAGCCAACCUCGGAGUAAAUUUGCAAAAAGCUCAUAAAAACAGUAAAUGAUUGAUGAAGCAUUUGGAUUUUUGUUUGUAAAUAUUGUAUUUCUGUA